AUGAAUCUAAUUCUUCUUGAACUUGCUAAACUGGAUUUCAACAUUGUUCAAGCAACGUAUCUUGAGGAACUAAAACAUGUCUCCAGGUGGUGGAAGAGAACAUGCCUUGCCGAGAAGUUGCCAUUUGCCAGGGAUAGGCUGGUGGAAUGUUUCUUUUGGAAUAUUGGAGUGCUAUUUGAACCACAAUAUGGAUUUUCUCGAAUACAUGCAACCAAGUUAAAUGUUUUAAUUACAAUUGUCGAUGAUGUAUAUGAUGUGCAUGGUACGUUAGAAGAACGGGAACUUUUUACAUUCAUCAUUGAAAGAUGGGAUGUCAAUGCAAUCAAGCAACUUCCGGAUUACAUGCAAAUUUGCUAUCUAGCACUCAACAACUUCGUCAAUGAAAUGGCUUACGAUGUUCUCAAAGAAAAAGGGAUCUGGACAGAUUUAUGCAAAGCAUACUUAGAAGAGGCGAAAUGGUGCUUUACUGGAUACACUCCAACAAUGGAGGAGUAUAUGAAAAAUGCAUUGAUUUCAAUAUCAGCUCACGUAAUACUGUCACAUUCUUUUUUCUCUGUUACCAAUCCGAUAGAGAAAGAAGCCAUUCAGUGCUUAGAGAAAUAUCCCGAUGUAGUUCGCUGGUCGGCAACGAUUUUAAGGCUUGCAGAUGAUUUAGCAACAUCAUGGAUACGUAUGCAUGCAGCAAGCCUUAUAUGGCCAACCCUUUCCAUUUCGUGUUUAAUGAAAUCAACGAGACAAUAG